UUGCGAAUUCCUUUUUUCUCAUGCACUCAUCUCCUCGACCCACUGUCGUCGUCUUCCUGGAAUUAGCUUCAAAACUGUAACAGAGAAGAAAUCAGCUUCAAUGACUCUUCCUCUUCCUAGUUGUACAGAUACAUCCGAGCCAGGAUUGACCCAGUCGCUCGUCGCAUCUCUAAUGAUUUUAUACUGCAGGUCCUCUCUGGGGGUUGUUCCGUGAUUUUCUGUUGGUUUCUCGAUUUCAAUUCUGCAACUGCAACAUGUUUUCUGCUUCCGUGAUCGGUCAACUUCUUGCUCUCUAGCCGGAGAUUUAAUCGCCGGGGAAGAGGAGAUGGCUUCUGCCGCCAUUGAUUUCGGGGUUGGUAGGAUCCUCACGCUCCUCGAAAACGAGGUCUUGGUGCAAGGAGGAGUCAAUGACGAGGUGGAGAAGAUGAGAACUGAGUUACUGAUCAUGAAGUCCUUUCUCCAGGACAAGGCAGAAACCAAAACAACCCAUCUUUUUCAGUCCUUCGUAUCAAAUACAAGAGACUUGGUGUAUGAAGCUGAGAGUGUCAUCGAUGAGUUCGCCUAUCACAUCAGUGACCACCGUAGCCGUUCCAGACUUGGACGCAUGGUCCGGUUUCCCAUAUAUAUGCGGGCAAGGCGCUCAGUAGCCACCAAUUUGGACAACUUAAAUGACAAGAUCCGAGCGUUGUCCGAAUCAGUCAGGAGGUACUAUGGUUCAGAAAACAUCUUACGAGUUCCCAACGACAGUAAUGGUGACGAUACAAAGUGGGUGAAAAACCUGAGCGAGACGUCGCUUUUCUUUGGCGAGGACAGUCUCGUGGGGAUAAACGAGGGAAAGGAAAAGCUGAUCGGGUGGUUGCUGGACUCAGAACCUCAGAGGACGGUUGUGUCUGUGGUUGGAAUGGGUGGUUCGGGUAAGAGUACUGUUGCUGCUAAUGUUUUCAAGUCUCAGGUUGUCCGAAGACACUUUGAUUGUUGUGCGUGGAUCACUGUCUCCCAGUCCUAUGUGAUUGAAGAUGUCUUCAGGACCAUGAUAAAGGAGUUGUAUAAGGAAGCAGAUUUGCAAACUCCAGCCGAUUUUUACUCCUUGAACUAUAGGGAGUUGGCAGAAACGCUUGUGAACUUUUUAAAGGAAAGGAGAUAUAUUGUUGUGCUUGACGAUGUGUGGAGCACAAGACUGUGGACGGAGAUAAAUGUUUCUCUUCCUGAAGGUACUUGCGGAAGCCGUGUGAUGAUCACCACACGUAAUGAGAACGUAGCUUCCUUCGCGUAUGGGAAAGACUGCCAAAUCCACCGGAUUGAACCGCUUAAAGACAACGAGGCUUGGGAACUGUUCUGUAGAAAAUCAUUUCGAGAGAAUUCGAAACAAAGCAGAAUUCCAAAUAUCGAAGGCAUAGCGAGGAAGCUUGUUCAGAGAUGCGAAGGUCUGCCGUUAGCUAUUGUCGGUUUGGGCUGCAUGAUGUCAACGAAACUAUUAGAAUCUGAAUGGAAACAUGUCGAUAAUACCUUGAACUGGGAGCUGAGCAACAAUCCCGAACUCAGGGUUGUUCACGGUAUUUUGUCGCUUAGCUUUAAAGAUUUGCCCCACCCGCUUAAACAUUGCUUCUUGUAUUGUUGUCUUUUUCCCGAAGAUUAUGAGAUCAAAAGAAAGAGACUGAUCAGAAUGUGGAUUGCUCAAGGCUUUGUGGAACCAAGAAGAGGAGCAAAAUUAGAGGAAGUGGCUGACAGUUAUCUUAGGGAACUUGUUUACAGAAACAUGCUUCAAGUCAUUCGGAAAAACUGUUUAGGAAGACCAAAGACAUUCAAGAUGCACGAUAUGAUGAGGGAGAUUGCUUUGUCCAUGUCUAAAGCCGAGAGGUUCUCGGACAUUUAUGUUGACGAUGAAAAUACAGUUGAAGAUAAUGGAGCUCGCCAUUUAUGUAUUCAAGGAGAGAUGAGGUCGGGUAACAGACAUUCAAACCUUCACACUCUCUUAGCGUGCUACACUGUGAACCGGGAGUUUGUGUUACCACUUGGUCUGAAGCUUCUGAGAGUGUUAGACCUUGAAAACUCUCCCAUCAGCAAACUUCCUGAUUCAUUGGGUAUCAUGUUCAACUUAAAGUAUCUGAAUCUGACGAGAACUCAGGUGAGGGGACUUCCGAAAUCUUUCAGCAGGCUCCUUAACCUAGAGACACUGAUAACCAAGGAGUCCAACAUUAAGGUUCUUCCGCCAGAGAUAUCAAAGUUGAAGAACCUGCAGAAUCUGAUCGCUUACCAUUACCUUCACAAAGAUGCAUUUGGGCGGCCUUAUCUAUCAGGCACAAGUGUCGGGUUUGAUAUUUGCAAGUUAAGAAGCUUGAAAGUGUUGUAUAGCAUCAAUGUACAAGCUGGGCAUAUCAAGAAUCUCGGCAACUUGACACGACUCACAAGGUUAGGCCUCGUUAAUGUGAAAAGGGUCUAUGGAGAUGACUUGUGCAGUUCACUUAAUCACAUCAAAGGUCUCCGACACUUAUCUUUGAAGUCGAUUGAUGCGGAAGAGCCGCUAAAACUGGAUGCAUUAGUAUCAACUGCGAGCAUCGAGAGGCUCUCCCUGGUCGGAAGGCUCGAGAGAACUCCUGGUUGGUUCAGAAGCCUUCAUAAUCUUUCCAUUCUUGGCUUGUAUUGGUCCAAACUGGAAGAAGAUUUGGUCUCGCAUAUCCAAGACCUUCCUAAUUUGGUGCAGCUUUCGCUUACGGAUGCGUGUCGAAGUAGCAACGUGUUAUGCUUUAUGGAAGGGUUUCGGAGUCUGAAAGUUUUGGUGAUCACCGGCUCACCGGGUUUGACAGAAAUCGUCAUACAGAAGGGCGUGAUGCCGGGCCUAGAGAAGCUGCAGAUCAAGGAAUGCCCAGAGAUUGAAUCGGUACCCCGAGGUAUCGAAAGUCUUGUGAAUCUCCAAGAACUGCUUCUGUAUUAUGUUUCGGACCAACUUGUGGAGCGCAUCAAUGGCGAGGAGAGGGAGGACUACUCGAGGGUUAAACACAUUCCUGCGAUCAAGCAUUAUUUUAUGACAGAAAAUGGUCUAUCCUUUGACUUCUUGUAAAAAUCAAACCUCAACUCAAGCUUGUGUUUCUACCAUUUACUCUCCCUUUCCCAUCCGUCACUGAGAGAUUUGAGCUCUUACAAGGUUGUCUAAGUUCAUGUAAAUUUUAUCCAAAAUUAUGGAAUCUCUCUUUUGUAAUUAAUUAGCAGUGCAGAUUUUCAAAUCA